GUUAUUGUUGUGGGCGUGGUCACAAAAUGGCGUCCUGGAGGAAGGCUUUGUUUUCUAUUAGUCCAUUCAUUGCAAGUCAUAGAGUACCGUCUUUCAGACAGUCGAGAGUAUUUUCAACAUCUUUUACUUCUACUCGAGCCCUUAACAAGAGAUAUGGUUGGGUAUAUAGCAGUUUUCACAGACUACAAAGUAGUCAGACAGCAUCCUCAACUCAACCCAUAACAGAAUUGUCCCUCUCAGACUCUUGUGUUAAAAGACUAUUAACGGUAUCAGAGACACCAGACACGAUGCUAAGAGUGAUGGUUGAAGGAGGAGGUUGUUCUGGCUUUCAGUAUAAGUUCAGUUUCGACACUACAGUUAAUAAAGAUGACAAGAUAUUUGAGAGAGAAGGUGCGCGUGUAGUCAUUGAUGAACUAUCAUUAAGCUUUCUCUCAGGAUCAACUAUAGACUAUCAUCAAGAAAUGAUCAGAUCAUCAUUCAGAGUUAUCGGUAACCCUCAGAUGGAGAUGGGCUGCUCUUGUGGUGCCUCUUUCUCUCUAAAAUAAUUUUUAUGUCAUUUUUGUACUGUUUUUUGUGUAUACAAUUGUAUUAUUAUUAUUAUUAUCAUCUGUCUCAUUAUUAUUUAUUGAGCCACUCCCUUUUAGUUGA